AUGACUCACCCCACCACUAUCACAGCGCACGCGUGGUGUGCUGAGGACCUUUAUUUGGGGAACGCCUCAACACUAUCACUGCAUAAAAUAUCCCCAUCAUCUCUGAGUCAAAUUGCAAGCAACGACACCGCCCAUGACGAUGGCUUGAGUUUAGAAUCCAUGUUGGACGCUUGUCUUAUCUGA